UUCCCCCCACCCCAGUGAAAGUAAAGCGGAGCAGCACACAAGGGGGAGAUAUUUUAAUAGAAAAAGGUUGCUGGGCUUUUUAUAGACUCACAUUAGAGGAGUCUUAUCUCACAAGAAGAACAAGAGGAGUUUUGUUUAUACGGCAGCCUCUCCUCUCUGCUGAUGGGCAGGCAGCUGAUGCAGGGGGGCAGCACCCUGCAAGGCUCCUUCAAAUAGACACUGACAGGAGGGGGAAGAGGAAGAGCAGCUACAGGAGAGCGAGAGCAUCGGUAUGCCAGGCUCCAUGGCCAGCAUGGCCGUGCAGAAGAGUGCCAUCCCGCCUUUGCAGCCUCCACGCAGCACGGAGAAGAGGACCAAGGGGGACGGAGCCUGGAGAGAAAACGACACGAGAGCCAAUCCCAGGAAGAUCACAGCAACACCAAGGCCCAAAGCAGUGGCCGGUGGACCAAACAUAGACGAGAGGCUUAAAGCUGCCCGGGAAAGGAGAGAGGAGCAGCAGAGGUUACUCGCCUGGCGGGUGCAGAGCAGGCAGGAGCGUGAGCAGCGAGCCAGGCUUCACUACGAGCAGCAGCUGCAGGAGCGCCAGAGGAAGCUGAAGGAGCAAAAGAUCAAGGAGGAGAGGAGACGCUGCGCCGUGGAGGAGAAACGCAAACAGCGACUCCAAGAGGAGAAAGAGCGAAACGAAUCCGCCAUGCGCAGAACCCAGGAGAAGAGCCAAAAAGCCCAGCAGAACUUUGGCCAGACCCUGAGAGGCAGGAAGCCCGCCAAGAACGUUCCACGUCACUUAGCCCUCAGCACGUGGGAGAAGAACCUGGUGAGUCGCCUGCUAACUCCUACGAGCUCUUACCUGGCCCGAAGCAAGAGUUCUGCUUGUCAGUCAGGAGAAGAAGUUGUUCAUAUUUGUCGCCGCGCAGUUUCCUUUUACUCCACGACCAGCAGCAGCUCCAGCAGCACCCCGCAGAGACCCCAGGAGCAGAAACCCCACAUCCAGAGGCCACAGAACCAAAGGAUUCAGAACCAGAGACCCCAGGAACAAAAACCCCAGAACCAGAGGCCUCCGAACCAGAGACCUCAGCCACACAAACCCCAGAACCAGAGACCACAGAACCGGAGAUUAUCACCCUCCCCGGGUCCCAGCCACAGCCAGACCAGAAGCACCAACCAUAGACAGCUUAACACAGCCACGCAGCAAGAUGCUAACAGGAGGAACCAAAACAUGGGCCUAAUUGCUCGCCCACCUCCCAACAAAACGUCCAGAACCGCAUCAUCACCCUCUCCAGAACAGGCUCAUAGAAGAUCGAGCCGGCGGCAUUCCAUCCCUCUCCAACUGGACCUGCCGUCUGUUCCCGAGGAAGAUGUUCCAAUCUGCACCUCUGCCUUAUCGCCUGGCAACUCCAGGCCGGCCAGAAUAGAAGAUCCGCAUGAAGACAAAAUGCAAGAUUCUCCAGAGGCUCAUUCGGACCUGCUUGGCUUUGAGGCAGAACUUGAGAGCAGAACCGCAGGAGAUGGAAGUCCGUCCAAGGUUCCUCCCUACAUACGGGAAGUCCAGCUCAGGCACUCAGCUGGUACUACCGAUCCAGAAGAAGCCUCUCGCCUCCUGGCUGAGAAGAGGCGAGAGGCCCGCUUGCUCAGAGAGCGAGAGGAGCAGGAUCGCCUGCAAGCAGCCGAGGCGGAAAUGCGGAGUCACGAAGAACUGGAACGCCGCAGGGCCGAGGAGCGAGCCUGCCAGCAGGCCGAGGCUCAGCGACUCAUCGCCGACAAGAAGAGGCGGGAGGAAGAGGAGCAGAGGCGAGCGGAGGAGGAGAGAGCUCAAGCCAUGAGGGAAGCGGCUCUUCUGCUCAAACAGAGGGAGGAGGAACAGGCCAGAGAGCGAGAAAAAGCAGCCCAGUUGACAAAGGAGCGAGAGCUGCUCGCCCAGAAAGAAGAAGCAGAACGCCAAGUCAGAAAGAAGCGACUGGAGGAGAUCAUGCGGAGGACCAGAAGAACAUCUUCUCCUGACACGAAAUCAGCCACGGUGAGCAUCUUACCGAAAGAGAACUCAGAGCUGCCUGUGCACAGCGGCGCCAUCAAGGACGCCGUCAGGCUGCCGGCGGCGGGGUCCCGACCCCAGCAGCUGGUCUUGGACCACAGCGGUGACGACAUGGUGGUGCCCGUUGUGGCCUUCAAGGAGCGGAGGUCUGUCAGGACACUGGCGGGCCUGGAAGACAUCCAGACACACCAACGAGCGGAGGUCAUCUGAGGGAGGAGUUCAAGGGUCGCAUUGACAAGCAGUGACAUCGCAAGGACGGCAACAAGGCAGACUUUUGCUGCAUGGAAAGUGACCGCCAUGCUUCUUCUGUGAGGACAGGACAAUAAUGCUAACUUCUGUGUGUGUGUGUGUUUGUGUCUGACCGGUGGCAUCAAGUACUGGGAAAUAGAAUCCUUUAAGAAUCAAUUUAGCACAGCGGAUUUAUGAAUUAAGAGCUUAUUUCUAGACUCCACGUAACAUCUAUCAACACUGGUGUGUCUGUGUACGCUGUCUUACAAUCACAACACAAAGCUGAUGUUUGUUGCUGUUCCGCCACCGUGCAUAAGAGCAGACUUCAAUAGUUUAAAAAGUUCUACUCCUGUCAUAUAGUGCUAGGUUUUCGCGACAAAAGGCAAUCACAUUAUAUUUCCAAGCUGCUACAGAAUUCAAAGUAGUUUCCCAAAGAUUCUUUGCUUAUAGCAUAGUGUCGGAGAAUAUUUUUGCACUAGUGCUUUGCUUGAUUAUAUUAUGCAAUCGUUACCAAGGGGGACAGGUGGUACGUGAUGACUAUUAUGAUUACAUAAAGGCGUAUGAAACAAAUCAGCAUUUAAUCAACUUUUUGGUGUUGAGUUUUUGCCUAUUCUUGCCACAUGUUAACAAAUACGUCUGAAUAUUUAUAGUGUGUCAUUUAUUUAAGGCUGACUGUUGGUUAUUAUUUGUUUGUCGACUGUUGUAAAUUAAAGACACUUCAUGAAUUUGAACUGGAAGCUUGCCUAAGUCACAUGACACUGCCGACAACCGUUCAAAAACAUUAAGAGCCUUGACAUCAUAAUGUUACAAAAAAUAGUUGUGAUGUACAACAGCUACAGUGAAAAAAUGAAUGAAAAAAAUGUCUGGUGGGACCUAGGCCCGGAACGUCAAUGAAUAAAUUCAUUAAUCACACAAUAAAUGAAAAUGAACUGGAUCAUUUUGCCAGACUUCAUAUAU